AAGCGUCUGAGGAAGAGAGCCGCAAGCUGACGAUAGUUCAAUGGGUAGAUGGAACAAACAGCCAGCUCCGUCUGUCGUGAUCACCUCGUCUGUUUAUGCACAAACGAACUUGUUUGGUUAGUCUGAUGUAGACGAACUAACCCGUCCAGGCGGAAGUCGCGCACACACCGCUGCACGCAUCUCGGCUCGUCCCUCCAGGAGGACCCUUGGCGGGUCAGGGUCAGCCAGUCAGCCAGUCAGCCAGAGCCAGCCAAAGAGGUUCUCAGCCGGACGUGUUCAUGUGCCAUCGUUCCGGGCUGCUCUCAUCUCAGCUUGCACGUGGCGCUUUUGACACCACGUAUUGGCACCCUCUGUCACCGGAUGGGAUGAGCGAGUGCGCAAACCCCAAAGUCUGAGACACCUCCUCCGACAACUCACAUCAGCGACACACGGGAGCGCCCUCAAUGGAGACCUAGGGUCAGCACUUGUUGUGCUCAGGCUGGGGAGCAGCGGGAGAGGAGGGGAGAAGCACAGGGCUUCAAUGGCGGGUGGUUGUCCCGCAUGCUGCCACGGCGGGCGCUAACGCCAAAACCGCACCCGACCUCCCGUUCCAGGGACGCAGCAUAAUCAUGGCUGGCUGAUGACGAGAAUGAUGGGCGCCUGCUUGCGCGUCGGCUGGCUUUCUCCGAAAGGGGAUCUUCUGUCCUUUUUUUCGAGAGGACAGCUGGGAUUGCUUCUCUUCCACUUUCCGCAAUUAUACCUAUCCGCCCUCGGCGAUCAAGGGUCGUUCCCUGUGAGAAAGUCUUUUAGGAUCUCUGUGUCUCACGGAACCCCGCCCAUGGCUUCAGUGUGUGUUGUGGCACUUGGCUUCUGAUCGAUCGACCACGGCCCCUGCAAAACUCGGACUUACAUCAUCGCCCGUCCGCCCUGCCUUGCUCACCCACUGUGCCCCCAGCUUGGUCGACCGCGCUCCUAGAUCCUAGAGAAUGUUCUUCAUCUAACGAUAGACUUCGUCUGUGUCUCGUCCUAAUUUUUGCCUGCCACUCGUACCCUUGUUUCUUUUCCCUGCGCAUUCCCCGCGCUGCUGCGUGUUCUCGCCCGCAGAGAUGCGACGACGCGUGAUCCUCCUUUCCGCCGCGUCGCUCUGCGCUAGCGCCGCCCUGUUCCACAACGAGGACGGACCGCAGCAUGUCCUCGAGGGCUCCCCACAACCAGACGCUGUGUCGGCGGCAACGGGCAGGAAACGUCAGGUCCAGGGCAGAUUCCUACAUAUCACUGACUUCCACCCAGACGCCCUCUACAAGACGCACUCUUCGACCGACCAGGACGACGCCUGCCACAGUGGCCAUGGGCCUGCCGGCUACUAUGGCGCCGAAACGUCCGACUGUGAUGCCCCCUUCUCCCUGGUGAACGCCACCUUCGACUGGAUCGAGGCGAACCUCAAGGAUAAGAUCGACUUCGUCAUUUGGACCGGCGACACGGCCCGCCACGACAGCGACGAGGAUGCCCCGCGCAGCGCCAAGCAGGUGUUGGGCACCAACAAGUUUGUCGCCCAGAAGUUCCGCGAUCUCUUCUUUGACGAAAAGGCCGAGGCCCUCUCGGUGUCUGUCAUCCCGACCCUGGGCAACAAUGACAUCUUGCCGCACAACAUAAUGCUUCCCGGGCCCAACCGCUGGCUCACCAGCUACGCGAGCAUCUGGCGCCACUUCAUCCCUGAGGAGCAGCGCCACUCGUUCCAGAUCGGCGGCUGGUUCUACGUUGAGGUCGUGCCCAACAAGCUGGCCGUCGUCAGCCUCAACACCCUCUACUUUUUUGACCGCAAUGCCGCCAUCGACAACUGCGUCGACACCUCGGAGCCCGGCUUCAAGCAGCUCGAGUGGCUGCGUGUCCAGCUGAGCCUCUUGCGCAACCGCGGCAUGAAGGCCAUCAUCAUGGGCCACGUGCCUCCCGCGCGCACCAACAGCAAGAUGCUCUGGGACGAAUCCUGCUGGCAGAAAUACACGCUGUGGCUGCAGCAAUACCGUGACGUUGUCACCGCGUCCCUCUACGGUCACAUGAACAUCGACCAUUUCAUGUUCCAGGACACAAACGACGUCAACAUCCAGAGCGUGGCGUCCGGUGUCUACGACCAGGGCGUCCGCGUCUCUAUGGAUGAUGAGCUCACGGCACAGGGUGCCAACGACUAUCUGCUGGAGCUUCGCCGCAGAUGGUCCAAGCUUCCAAAACCCAAGACGGCUGUCAAUCCUGAUCCUUCCGAACUGUCCAAGGGCAAGAAGGGAGACAAAGGCAGUCUAGGUGGGCGUUGGGCCGAGAGGUACCAGUUAUCUCUCGUUGGUCCCAGCAUAGUGCCCAACUUCUUCCCGACGCUGCGUGUCAUCGAGUACAACAUCAGCGGGUUGGAGGGCUCUGAGGUCUCCACGGGACCCGUUGUGCGAGAAAGUGACGCUCUGGGUCUGCCGGAUGUCGACGAAUGGGAGUCGGACUUGCGCGCGGCGGCCCUCGUCGAGGUUGAGAAAAACAAGAAGAAAAAGAAGAAGAAGGGCAAGAAAGGCGGCAAGGGGGGCAAGACCCAUGAUCCCAACUUGGUCGUGCCUGAUCCGCCAUCGAAAUCGGCGCCCCCGGGCCCGGCAUACUCGCCACAGCCCCUGACGCUCGUGGGGUACACGCAAUACUUCGCCAACCUGACCCAUAUUAAUAACGACGUGGCAGUCGAAGAUGUCGAGCCCAGCGGCCGUUGGCGUGACGGAAAGCAUAGCGGCAAGAAGCCGGACACGUCGAAGCCGCUGCGUGACUUUGCAUUCGAGAUCGAGUACAGCACGUUCAAGGACAAGAUUCUCAAGAUGUCGGACCUGACGGUACGGAGUUACAUCAAGCUAGCCUAUCGUAUGGGCAGGCAGCAGACCAAGAAGAAAGUCUCGGAUGCUUCUGAAGAUUUGCCCUGGGAUGGGGAAUAUGAUGACGAGGAUGGAGAUGCCGGCGGCAAUGACGACUACGGCGACGACGACGACGACGACGACGUUGAUGUUGACGAUCAAUACGGCUUGGCUUCCAGCGCAGAGGACGACUUGGUAGAGCAGCAUGGGAACGAGACGCUCACCGAACAGAAGAAGAAUAAAGGCAACGACAAGGACAAGAAGAAGAAAAAGAAGAAGCAGCAACAUAAAUACAACAAAGUCUGGCUGCACUUUCUCAAGCACGCCUUCGUCAGCACGGUCGAUGAGAAGGACCUCAAGAAGCUUGACCGAUAGCGUCGACACCAAGGACAAGAAUGGUUCCGGGGAGCCUGGGUGGCCAACAUGUGGCCAGUUCUGUUGCGGGCGUAUCUCGACUCGAUGAGGCUCGGAGGACGCGUUGUCUAGUUUCUUUCUAAUCUUUUUGUCGUUGCGCUUGCUCGCUUGGAGUUUGUGGAGUUUAGCGUGCACGCGGUAGUGCUGCAUGUGUGUUUUCUUCCUUUCGGGCUUUUGGGUGUAAACACGGUCGGCGGUAUACGCGUAUAAACAAACGGCUGGCAUCGGCAUGGCGGUCAUGGUUGGUUGGAUACAGGCAUGCGGUCAUGCCAUACAUUCUUUGCGCCUCCAGUUGGAUGUUGCGUAUUAUUGGGCGAGGCGGCAUCGAGUGUUGCUUGGCUUCUUGUGCUUUUGCUCAGACCUAGAAGGCAUCUAGAUUUUCUUUUAGAACAAGUUGGGUAUCACUAUUAAAGCUCGCUUGUUUGCUAGUCUUUCGUUCAAAACCACACCCCGGCUUUGGGCUUAUUCCAUGAUUUGAUCAAGACGCAUUCCCAAAGAAC